UAUAAUUGAUGAUUCUUUUUGUGCCAAUAGUUUUUUUAAUGAGCUAUAAAAUGGACGAAAACUAUAUUCAACAAAUUAUUUAAAGUUUCAGUAAUAGUGUGUUAUAUUUUAUUAUUUUUAGUUGUGUUUUGAUUUUCAAAACUCAAUAUUAUACAAAUAAUUUCACUAUUCUACGUUAUCAGAUAUGAAGGUGUUAGUAUGUUUGCAAACUAUUAUUACACUAUCUUCUGCACACCAGCUUCGCUCUGAUUCGUUUCUGAUUGAUUGCUCUCAGUACCAACCUUUUGAAGUAGUACGCGACAAUGGCGGCAAAGGUGCUCUGGUAGAGAACAGACCUUCAAGUAACGCCAGCAGUAAUAACGAAUCUAAGGUCGACUUUUAUCUUUACAAUAGAGAAAACCCUGAGUCACCUCAAGACAUAAUUCUUCACGACCUAGAAAGUGUCAAAAGAGCUCAUUACGAUGCAAAUCUUCCCCUUACAGUCAUAGUACAUGGUUGGUUAGGGAGCAGUAGCACUGGAUCAGCUAAAACCAUCAAAAAUAGUUUUUUUCACAACAAAAACAAUAGAAACUGGAAUGUGUUACUGUUGGAUUGGAGUGGUCCAUCAAAUGACGAAAGUUAUACGACUGCUCCUGCAAAAGUACCAUACGUUGGUCAAAAGCUUGGUGAAUUAUUGAAUUGGCUUUUGAAAAUUACUGGUGGCAAGUGGGAGAAGGUUCAUUUGGUUGGUUAUGAUUUAGGUGCUCACAUUGUAGGUCAUGCUGGUCGCAUGACUGGUGCUAAUGUUGGUCGAAUAACUGGAUUGGAUCCCAUUUCGCCUUGUUUUAAAGAAACGACGAGGUCGUUGAGAAAGACUGACGGAAAAUACGUAGAAGUUAUUCACACCGACUGUGCUUUUAUUCGAAGCCUCGGUAUUAUAUUCCCCAUAGGUCAUGUUGACUUCUAUCCCAAUAAUUGUAAGCUGCAGCCCGGAUGCGAGGAUUACAUUUGCAGUCAUACACGCGCGUACGAACUCUUUGCUGCGAGUGUUGUUUACAACAAUUUCAAAGGAAUCAAAUGUAACAAUUUUUGGGAAGCUCUCAAAGCUAAGUGCAAUAAUACAGACACUUUAGUUAUGGGCAAUGGUGAUUAUGAUAAGCGUGGGAAUGGCAUUUAUAGUUUAACUACUGCUGAUUGGCGUAAUGAUCUCGUUGGUGAACAAUCUUUUAAUGCUAACCGAAGGGUGCUUAGAAAACACAAGAAAGGGAAAAAACAGAAAGACAAAACUAGAGUUCGUCCAAAAUCACACAAAAAACCUAAAGUUUCCAAACAUGGCAAUCGCCUUACGCGACCAGGACUUCUCACGGACAUGUCGGGGCAUGGAUAGGGGCGAAUUAUUCUAUUAAAAUAGUUGAAUAAGAUAUAAUUCAUAAAAUGUAGCUAUUAAAACUCUGAAAAUAACUUAUCGAAUAUAACAAGAGUUUGUUAACAGUGUUGACAAACAAAAAAAAAGUUAAAAAGUGUUGUGUUG